CCAUUAAAGCAGUUUAUUUUUUCUCAUCUAACUUUCAUUUUCCAUCGACUUUCUCGGAAACUUCAACCAAUUCCACGUCCCAAAGUCCAUUUCUCACUUUCCCUCUCAUUUCACUGACACUGACCCGCAAUAUACAUCUCUAUAUAAAUUCAUUUUCAUUUUCACUGAACAAAAAUCAAAACAGUAAAGGAUUUUAGCUUGUUUUUCAUAUUAAUAUUAACAAUGGCGACUCAAAACGUUCUCGUAAUGAGACACGGUGAUCGGCUAGAUAACUUCGAGGAGUUAUGGGUAAUGAAAGCGGAUAGGCCGUGGGAUCCACCAUUGCAUCAGGAUGGUAAGAUCCGACCUUUUUGUACGGGUCAAAAGAUCCGAUCCAAUAUGGAUUUCCCGAUCCAUCGGGUUUUCGUUUCCCCGUUCCUCCGAUGUGUACAGACUGCUGCUGAAGUUGUACGUGCCCUUUGCGACGUUGCGGAUCAUAACUGCGAGGCUAAUGUCUUGUCCUCUAAUUCUGAAUCCGUUGUCAUCGAUCCUUCCAAAAUCAAAGUAUCCAUCGAAUAUGGUUUGUGUGAAAUGCUGAAUUUAGUAGCCAUAAGAAGUAAUGCAGCUCCCAAGGAUGGGGACUUUAAGUUCAAUAUCUCACAAUAUGAAGCUGAGUUGCCAGCCGGAACUGUAGAUCACACUGUUGAACCUGUUUAUAAGAAGCUGCCAGAGUGGCAAGAGACAUUGGAAAGUGCAAGAGCUAGAUAUGUGGAGGUAGUUAAAGCCCUUGCUGAUAAGUAUCCUUCUGAGAACUUGUUGUUAGUCACACAUGGUGAAGGAGUAGGUUCCAUCUUUACUGAACUUAACAAGGAUGCAACUGUACUAGAGGUAGAAUAUUGUGGACAUGUGCUCGCCAAGAGAACUAUCCAAUUCGGAGAGAACCAAUCAUUUACUGCUGGAGAGUUUGUAUACGAGAAACAAACCGGUAUAUUAUCUGCUGCUAAAUAAAAACAAGCCUACCAGACUGUAAGUGAUUGUUCAGGAUUUUCCCCUCUCUGCCAUGGCUGUUACUUAUCGUCCAUUUGUCGAAGCUUGCUUGUCCAUUUAUAUGUGUUAAGGUUUCCAUUGAUGAACUAGUUAUCACUCUUUCCUUUUCUCCUUCUUUUUAAACUUCUGAUUGAAAGAGAAGAUCAUGGAAUUGCACUAUACACUCUGUUGAAAUAAUGGCCUCUGUUCCAACCUUGUAAUUGUGAAAUCCCAAGAUGCAUUGCUUUGGAAUACUUGCAUCCCAAUUGCAGUUGUUAUUUUCACAGUGAUAGUAUUGGUAACUACUGUUUCCAUGUCAAAUUUAAUA